ACGUCUUAUGUAUAAAUCUAAUACUCGAUGGUCGCUAUAGAAUGCAAUUAAAUCAAGUUCAUAAAAUCGGCUAUGCCGGUCUUGGUAUUUUCUUUGUUAGCAUACUAAUCAUAUCCACUAUUUUUCCGGCAAUAGUACGUUAUUCUGUGAAGCGAGUACGUACAAUGAUUACACAAUCGAGCGAUUAAUGUUUUUAUACAAAUUAAAACACGAUUGUAUGUGUCAGCAAGUUGCAUUGAAAAAGGGCUGGCGGAUGAGAGAUUUAUGGACUAAGCUUCCGUUUCCUCUCCAUUUCAAUUUUUAUUUUUUUAAUGUGACAAACCCUGAUGAAAUCGAUAAAGGAGAGAAGCCAAUUUUACGGGAAGUCGGACCCUUCAGCUAUGAUGAAUGGCACGAAAAAACGAAUCUAAUAGAUUACGAAACUGACGAUUCUGUAUCUUAUACAUUGAAAAAUACCUACUUACUAAAUCUUGCAAGAAGCAACGGAUUGACCGGAGAUGAAGAAAUCGUGGUUGUCAACUACUUUAUGUUGAUCGUUAUAAACACAUUGCUUAUACAAAAGCCUUCCGCUAUACCUUUCAUAAAUAAAGCUAUGAACAGCAUUUUUCGAAAACCAAAUAGCAUGUUUAUUAAAGCCAAGGUUAGAGACAUAUUAUUCGAUGGGAUGAUGAUUGAUUGCAAUGUCAGUGACACCCCAGGCUCAGCGCUUUGUAAAGAAAUAAACGAGAAGUAUGAAGAAUUCCGUUUGAAGAAAAUCGGAGAAAAUCUAUUUUCACUGUCGUUGUGGGGAUCGGCGAAUAGCACCGACUCUAAGGCAAGAAUUCGCGUGCGUCGAGGCUUAAAAAGUAUCAUGGACCUUGGCAGAGUUAUCGAGUACAAUGAUAAGCCAAAUAUGUCGGUUUGGAAUGAUAAUUAUUGCGACUCUUUCAAUGGGACUGACGGUACUAUUUUUCAUCCGUAUUUCGACAAAAAAGGCAAGGACGACCUAGUGGUGUUCAACGCAGACAUUUGCCGUAGUAUUAGUUGUCGUUACGAUUCAAUAAAAGUCAAGCAUUCCGGUGUAACAUUACUACGCUAUACCGGUGACUUGAAUGUGGACGGGAAUGAUCCUCGGGAGAAAUGCUACUGCUUCGGGCAAGAAGCGUGCUCAAAGAAAGCCCCAUUGAAUUUGUACAAGUGCCUUGGAGUGCCACUGUUUGUAACGAAUCCUCAUUUUUAUCACCUGGAUCCGUAUUACUCGAGCAUGGUCGACGGUCUCACUCCAAAUAAAGAAAGGCAUUUGAUAACGGUUGACUUGGAUACAUUCGCUGGUGCUCCGUACCAGGCUUACGUCAGAGCACAACUCAAUUUAUUUAUUCAGAAAGUCGAUAAAAUCAAGCUGAUGGCUAAUUUUCCUGAAGCCCUGUUGCCGCUUAUGUGGUUUGAGCGAGUUUUCAUUUUGCCAGACUAUUAUAUUGGAAAAAUCAAAUUUGGCUAUAGAAUGCUCUUUUUAGGGCGAGUGUUCCAAUAUAUUUUAAUGUUCAUUGGCCUUGGAUUGUGCAUUUAUGCGAGCUACAAACAUUACCAAUUGGUGAAAGUGGCAGAUUUUAGUAAUCAUAAUAACAAACGCAUUUUAAUUCACCGAGUAGCAGGCGCAGUAGGCUUAAUUUUGUUCGUCUUUGGCAUUUUAUGUCAGUUUAUCAUACUUCCCAUAAAUUUAAAGACGCGAAUAAAAAAGGAAGUUGCAUUAAAAGAAGGUUGGCCUAUGAGAAAAAUAUGGACUAAAUUUCCGUUUUCUUAUGAAACACAUUUUUAUGUAUUCAAUACCACCAAUUAUAAAGAAAUAGAAAAAGGAGCAAAGCCAACUGUUAAAGAGUUAGGACCUUACGUUUAUGAUGUUUGGCAGGAAAAAGUGAAUCAAAAGGAUUACGAAGAAGAUGAUAGCCUCUCUUAUUCACUCAGAAGAAUACAUCAAUUUAAUCGAAUAAAAAGUCAUGGGCUUUCUGAUGAAAACGAUGAAGUUAUUCUUCCAGAAUAUCUUAGAAUCAGUGCGGGAAGUGGAUUCAAUCGGUACAAUCCCGCCUUUGUAUUUGCAGGAUCUAAAGCGAUUGAUAUAAUCUAUAACAAUCCAGACAGUAUAUUUGUAAAAAGACCAGUCAAGACCUUUUUGUUCGACGGAUUAGCGAUGCCCUGUAAAGAUAUUACAAAUUACUUCGGUAAAGUUGUAUGUAAUCAGUUUUAUGAAUUUCACCUAAAGUAUAGCCUAAGAGAUGAGGAUCAUACCUAUUAUACGUCAAUUUGGGGUCACUUUAAUGGUACAUUUGAGAGAGAAAGAAAGCUCCGUAUUAAUCGUGGAUCAAAAAAUCUUAAAAAAAUCGGCGAAGUCAUCGAGUAUGAAGAAGAACAAGACUUUGCUACUUGGAAUAACGAUAGUUAUUGCAAUGUAUUUCACGGGACUGAUGGUACCGUUGUCCGACCAUUUUUAAAUAGAAAAGGCAAGGAUGAUAUAAACAUCGUGAAUACAGUUAUUUGCCGUAGUCUCGUUUAUUAUUACGAUUCUACUGUUCAAUAUGAUGGGCUUUCGCUACUCCGGUAUACAACAAAUUUUGGGACCGAUGUUGACAAUCAUCCUGAAGAAGUAUGUUUCUGUACACAACCUGAAAGCUGUAUAGAGAAACCAGGAUUGUUAGAUUUAAUUCGGUGCACUUAUGUACCUUGGGUUGGUUCGCAUCCUCAUUUUUACUUAGCCGAUCAGAGUUACGUUGAUGCUGUGGACGGCGUUAAUCCGGAUAAGGAAAAGCAUAUGAUGUUUAUUGAUGUGGAUCCUUUAACUGGAAUAAUAGUACGUUCUCAUAUGCGAAUUCAAUUCAAUAUGGAAUUAUUAAGUCUUAAAAAAUUUAAAUUGAUGAAAAAUUUUCCUACUGCAAUGUUACCUAUGGUGUGGGUUGACGAAAUCAUCAUUUUACCACAUUUCCUUAUAAAAAAAAUAAAAGAUCGAUACAACUCGCUUAUGUUAUCACAAAUAAUUAUGUAUGUAAUUAUCUUGAGCGGCUUUGUAAUAUGUGGAGUUGCUGGCAAUUAUGAAUACAAAUUUAGACGUGCCAACAAGCAGAAUCCAGUAAACGUAGUUCCACCGCCUCAAAGCCAAGAACGCAGCAGUAACACCCAAAAGCCAAUGUUUGCAAAGGCCCCUACGCAAUCAGCAGCAGUACCACCUGAUAUCAAUUAAAUUACAUAAUUGUCCACUACAGUAGCGUUGUUGAAUAGGGUGAAUUUCAUAUAUUAUUUAUCAAUGAUUGAUUAUAGCAAAAUGCUCAUUCUAUUUAGUUUAAUUUCAAUGAUGAUAGGAACUUUUCACCACAAUUUUAAAGUUACUAUUUCUCAAUUAUUCUAUAUUCAGAUUAACAAUAAAUUAAUAAAUACGUUACAAUGUAUUACCAAAUAACUAUAGAUAUUUUUUACUACUCAAAUUUAGAAGUAAAUGCGUAUAUUUUUUGAAUUCUAAUUAGCCAACAAUUGUUUGAAAGAA